UGGCAGCAGCGGCACCAACCGCAGAGACGCAGAGAGGAAGACUCCGGGGACGGAGGAGGGGUCCGCCUGCCUGCCUGCCUGCCUGCCUGUCUGUCUGUCGAUGCGAGGAGUUGCACAAUAACACGGACCAAUGUAACUUGUGGAAACCGUUCAAAGCUUUCGAGUAAGCGGGACGUUAUUGGCUCCUCUUCAGUUGUGUUCGGGUGUGAUGCCACCAUGGAGGCGCAGAACAACAACCAGCCCACUUUAGACAACCACAACAAUAUCUACAAGAUACCUGGUCAGGAGGAUCAGAAAAACAUGCCGAGCUAUAAGUACUGCUGCACUCUGUCAAACUUUCGGAUCGAGAAGAAGAUCGGUCGGGGCCAGUUCAGCGAGGUCUACAAGGCCACGUACCUGCUGGAGGGACAGCUGGUCGCACUCAAGAAAGUCCAGAUCUUUGAGAUGAUGGAUGCUAAGGCUCGCCAGGACUGCAUCAAAGAGAUCGAUCUGUUAAAGCAGCUGAAUCACCCCAACGUAAUCAAAUACCUAGACUCAUUUAUUGAAGACAAUGAGCUCAACAUUGUUCUGGAGCUGGCAGAUGCUGGAGAUCUGUCCCAGAUGAUAAAGUACUUCAAGAAGAAGAGGCGGCUCAUCCCUGAAAGGACUAUAUGGAAAUAUUUUGUGCAGCUGUGCAGCGCUCUGGAGCACAUGCAUUCACGUAGAGUGAUGCACCGCGAUAUCAAGCCAGCCAACGUGUUCAUAACAGCCACAGGGGAAGUAAAGCUGGGUGACCUGGGAUUGGGCCGCUUCUUCAGCUCUAAAACCACUGCAGCACACUCCUUAGUGGGGACACCAUACUACAUGUCACCAGAGAGGAUCCACGAGAAUGGAUACAAUUUUAAGUCAGAUAUCUGGUCCCUUGGAUGUCUGCUGUAUGAGAUGGCGGCGCUGCAGAGUCCAUUCUAUGGAGACAAGAUGAACCUACUCUCCCUCUGUCAGAAGAUAGAGCAGUGUGAUUACCCUCCCCUCCCACCUGACCACUACUCUGAAAAGCUGCGGGACCUGGUGAGCAUGUGCAUCAACCCGGUCCCAGACCAGAGGCCGGACAUCGUGUUCGUGCUGCAGAUCGCCAAACAGAUGCACAUGUGGACUUCCAGCACUUGAGCACCAGCCCCUCUGUGCUCAGUCUGAGGACCUUAAACCACUAGAUGUGAGCUCCAGCUGGUCUUAUUUUUGCCUUACUGUCAUCUCAUCAGGAUGAAAGACUUUACACAUGUGGUCUGUGAUGUUUAAACAUCCAUACACCA